AUCGCCUUCGUAUUUUCAGGAAUAGUCAUCGCUGCAAUGUCUGUCAUUUUUUAUAACGUAACAAAACGCUGGGGUGUUAACGUAAAUGAAAAUAAGGCCGACGAGAUGCGCGCUGGGACUGUUGCUUGGUACUUGUAUGGAACCAUGGUUUCUCAGGGGAUCUAUUUUCCGUGCCGACAAUCAUCGCAGAAACUUCUCGCUGCGACCUGGUGUCUUGUAGCUUUUGUUUUCGUCAACAUUUACAACUCGACUUUGACGUCUUACACGUCGGUGGUUUAUCAGAGACCCGAAAUCAAUUCCUUUCGCGAUUUGGCCCUUGCCACAAAGUACAAGGCAACUGUAUUAAUCGGAUCCAUUCAAGACACAGACCUGCGAAUGCUCACGAAGCGAUCCGAGAAAGGAUAUUUGAAAAUAAUCUCUGACCGAAUCCAGAAAUGUUCAUUGGAAUGCCGUAAAUUCUCCUUCGAGGAACUGGCCAUAUCCGUUUUAGAGGAAGAGAACUGCGUUUCCAUUAUAGUAAUAAGCUAUUUGUAGCUACUAAUCAAAUUUUCGUUCUUAUUUUAGUCAUUAUCUCUUUAUUGCAUUCAGCCAUGGUCUGCUGGCAUUGCUAGCCUUCAGCAGUACAAUACCAAAAGGUGUCGUCUGGCUAUGGCGUUUGAGUCAACUUCGUGGAAAGAUGUUCUUGGCCGUUCCCAAAUCGAGCCCUUACA